GUAUGGCAUGUAUGAGGUUUUAUCACUUUUAUCAUAGAUUAACACUUUAGUGUUAUGAAUGGACGUCAAUAAUGUUUGAAUAAAUUCAAAAUAACAUUUAAUUUAUACCUAUUUCAUUAAAUCAGACUUGUCCACUACAGUGUUGGUGACAUGUUAAGUCAAAAGUAAUUAAAUUCGUUCAAAAAAAAAGAUUCCAAUAAAGUAAAUCUAACAAUAACCUAAAAAAUUAUAAUUUGUUACAUAAAUUUUAACAAGUUUGAAUGAAAAAUGGACGGUGAAACGAAACUAAGCAUUCACGUCGGCUCCAGGAAGAGCGAGCUAGCACUUGUACAAACGAAUUUCGUUAUCGAUAGCUUAAAAAAAAAUUACCCGGAAAAGGAAUUUAAAAUUGUGACCAUGACAACACUUGGCGACAGGGUGCUAGAUCAGCCUCUACCAAAAAUAGGAGAAAAGUCACUUUUCACAAAAGACUUAGAAGAUGCACUGAUGAGUAAAAAUGUAGAUUUUGUUGUGCAUUCGCUGAAAGACUUGCCGACGACAUUGCCGGACGGAUUAGUAAUUGGUGCUGUCUUUGAAAGAGAAGACCCUCGUGAUGCUUUGGUACUGAAGGAAAAGUUUAAAGAGUACUCAUUGUCCACCUUACCUUCAGGAUCAGUAAUAGGAACAUCAUCACUGAGACGAACGGCUCAACUAAACGGAAACUAUCCCCAGUUGAAGGUGGUGGAUGUGAGAGGCAAUCUUAAUACCAGGUUGAGGAAAUUGGAUGACGAAGAUGGAAAAUAUUCAGCCCUUAUACUGGCUAGUGCUGGCUUGAGUAGAAUGGGAUGGGGCAACAGAAUGUCAAAGGUACUGCCGUGCUCGGAGAUGUUAUAUGCGGUGGGUCAGGGCGCGUUGGCGGUGGAAUGUCGCGCUGACAAUGACGCGGUUCUAGCGAUGUUGGCUCCGUUCAACCACCCUGAAACUUACUGUCGGGUCUUGGCUGAGAGGAGUUUCCUAAAAACUUUAGGUGGCGGAUGCAGCGCUCCAGUAGGUAUAUCAACAAAACUAAAACAAAACGAUAAUGUUUACAAGCUCACUUUGACCGGAGCCGUCUGGAGUCUAGACGGUUCGACCAAACUCGAGGAAACGUUGGACCAAACGUUUGGGCAAAUACGUAAAACCGUUAAACACAAACUCAGUCCGACGGAAGAAGCGAGCAGCAAAAAAAUUAAAACCGACAAAACAGUUGAAGCCGACAAUGAAAUCGCCGUACUUAAUCGACGGAUCACCGAGAAGACUGGUGAUUUGGGCUGCGAAGAUUUGGCGCCAAAUGUCGCUGACAGACGCUGCUUCUGCGGUUUGACGGUCAACGUCAAUAUGCCAAUUGACGUUGUCAUCAAAUGUGAUAAUUUAGGUAGGGACUUGGCGAAUUCGUUAAUCGAUAAAGGUGCUUUAGAGGUGAUGAAGAUAUCACAAGACAUAAUCAGAAGUUCGAUUGGUAAAAAAUCAUGAUGAAAGAUUUUUUGGGCCGUAGUGAUGUAACGUUCGCUACUGUAUGUAGUCGAUACUUUGUUAAUAAUCGAUUAUGGUUUCCUGGGAAUUCGUACUAGCUGGUAUUAGGGCAUGUCCUCACUGACCUUAGAAAUAUAAAUAAACGUAAACUUUUGUUCCAUAAAAUACACAGUAUAUAUUUUCUUCAUGUAAAUGUUGUAUUUUCGGCUCUGCUAUCAAAUACGUGAUAAAAACGGUGACGUCACACUAGAAUGACCUUAGUAUCAUUGAAUAAAUUAGACACUAAUAGGUAUAUAACCAAUCGUCGUAAGGAAGCGUCCAGAACAGACGUAUGUUUUACAGAAAAUAUUUUACAAACAUUAUGAUGAUUAUA